UCCAGAAGGCUACCGAGACUUGAUCUCUUGUGUGGGUUCAAGAGGACUGAGCAGAAAACCUGGGGAGCCAAAAGAUGGGAUCGGAAGGAGAAAUGAUCAACUUUCAUGCCUCUAAUCCUGGCUUCCGUGGGGAAAAUGUAAUCAACAUAAACCAUUAUGCUACCAAGAAAAGUGUGGCAGAGAGCAUGCUGGAUGUGGCCCUAUUUAUGGCCAAUGCUGCACAGCUGAAGGCAGUGCUGGAACAGGGACCUUCGUUCCACUAUUACGCAGCUCUGAUAGCUCUCAUCAGCAUUUCUCUCUUCUUCCAGAUGGCCAUUGGCAUUCUCCUUAUUGUGAUGGCUCGACUGAACCUGAAUGAUGUGGCCAAACAGCAGCGCCUGGACUUGCUCAACAAUAUUGCCACAGUCCUAGUUUUCAUCACGGUCAUUAUCAACAUCUUCAUUACGGCCUUUGGGGUGCAGAAGACAGGGCUGUAUCCAAACUUUUAUGGACGAAGGCUCUACUGAUUCUUGAAAGAGUUGGUGCACGUGGCAGUUGACUGGGAUAUAAUUCGGCAGCUGACCUCAAGCCUGAUGUGUAACAAGGAACUUCCUGAGUUCAAAUACAACCACGUGGAACCAGCUUAAGCCUGUUUCUGCAGCUCUAAAGUGUUAAUGGAUUUCUCAGAAGAGGCACUCUUUGAUUUUGAUCCAUUUAUAAGCUUCCUUUUUUUCUCAACCUGUUUUCUAACUCUAUCAUUCUGUAAUGAGCUCUACAUGCCAUUCUGGAAAAAGAUUGCCUACUCCUAAAACAACCUGAUUGGGAAAGGCACAAUCUUAAACAAAAACAAGACCCAGUCCCCAAGGACUCCACUGUUAAUAUAGACAUAGGAAACUUAUUGCCCUAUACAGGUUUGUUGAAGUCCAGCCCCAGCCAGCAUGGCCAAUAGUCUGAGAUGAUAGGAGUUAUAUGGUAGCUGGAGGACCAUAAGUUCCCCAUGCCUGAGUUAUGGCACAUUCCUGGGACAUGUGCUUGUCAUUACAUCACUUGCUACAAAUGCAGAGACACAGCAGUUCCAGGAUCACAGAUUCUGAGAACCCUUUCAGAAACUACUAAUGAACAUUUUUAAGUUCAAGGAUAUUGUAUAUCCAGUUUUUGUUCUAGGAAAACCUGCCUUCACAAUCAGAACACUGGGAAAUAUGACAUUAUCCCAGAGAGCUAGAGGCUUCAGUACAAACAUGGAACUCCCCUCCAAUAUUCAUCUGGGGUGUCCCUGUUAGCCAAAAGCCCCAUAUCAUUUGCUGCAGGAAAAGUAACUUUGCUCACCCAGAUAUUUGAGCAUGGAACCACUCCUCAGGUUCAAAAGGCUAUAGAAAGCAUACGGAUCUUAAUUUUAAAUUUCUAUUUUCUAUUAAUCAUUAAUUUAUCAUUUUGUUAAAAUACAGAUAAGUGCAAGCGGCUACCUGUAUGCAGUAUCUGAUAAGUAAGCUACAGUAUAAACCUCCACUAGCUUUAAUAAUAAUGUUUAUAGGCAUGCAUGUUAUUUUAAGGCUUUACAAAUGAAUCUUGUUUUGCAAAGAGUGAAAGGUUCUGAAAACAUGUUUUUUCUACUUUUGCAUUAUUUUAAAAGGCAGUUUUGUGGUCACAGUUGCAACUGGGGCACCCUUUGAUAUUCCAAAUAUUAUUUGCUUUCUCUUUAUUUAUUGAAAUAUAUUUUAUCCAAAGGUGUUAUUUGGUUUCUAUGUGCUACAGCUAUGUUAAAGAUAGGUCAGCUAAAGUUUUUAGAGCUAUCUAUAUGUUUAUAUUUCAAUGAUUAUAGGACAGUAUAAAUAAUUAACUUGAUCUGGAAAUGAAGACAGUGCCAUGGGCUUAUAUUUCCUAUUCCUUGCAGAAGGUAUUCCUAUAUUUAGGCUAUUGGAUUUUCCUGAACUGUGGUGGGACUGCAUAUGGAUGAGGUCAAAAGAUUAUCCCAAUCUCACAGCAAGUUAGCUGUUUGAAGGUGAGGAGAUGUUUCUUCUCAGCUAGAGAAGUUUGAUUUAGUCCAGUCCUUAAAAAACGUUGAUUUAUCAGAAAUGGCAAGAGACAUUCCUUAAUAUGAUAUGCAUAUUCUGUUCCGUGUUGAGUUUUGAGGGCUGAGAAAUGUGGCUGAAAAGUAUUGUACUGUAAAUACCUCCCCCUAGUGCUGUCUAUCAGAUUCAAGACAUAGCAGGUCUAUAUUUCCAGUUCCUUGUUUUCAUUAUAGCAUAUUCAUUAUAUCCAAGAACUCAGAUUUUAUAUCUACUUUAUUUGCCACCAUUCAACCAAAUUGCUUCUUAAUUAACCCAAGAAAGUGACGGGUUGUCGCAAGGGAAAAAUGUAUCGCAUUCAAUGCUUUCAGACUUCACUACAAACCCAUCUAUAUACAGUAGCUAGCCAGCUGACAAAACUUGAUUAGAAAUUAUAGAGGCAACUCUUGAAUAGCCUUAAUUUUUUCCUAAAAGUUAACAGGAUGCAUUUGGAACAGAAGACAGGGAGGAUGGUAAACUGAAGAUGCAGCUAAUUCAGAUUUAUUUUAGGUAAAAAUGCUAUAUAACUUCUACCUGAGGGAACAUAGAGACUGGUUGACAGAGGCAGAUUCAUCAGUAGAUAUAUUUAACUGUUUCAAUGAAAAGAAGUGCUGAGAAUACAGAACACAAAAUAAAACCAGGUGUCUACACCUGAAUAGAACAGUGUGUGGUUUUAAAUUAAGAAAAGGAGCUUAAAAUAUUCCUUCGUUGGACUGAUGUCUCGGUAUCAAACACAGCUCAUAUCACAUACUGACCAACUUUGAUCCAAGGAUGGAUGGAUAAAUAGAUUUUAUGUAUUUAUUUACAAAAUUGUAUACUGCCCACUUUUAUAGAUUCUGAUUUUAAGUCAAAACAUCAACUUCAAAUCAGAACAUACAUCAAACCAUACUCCCAUCCCCAAUUAAAAUAGCCUCAGAACAAAAACCUAAGUGGCCACCAGGCAUCAUUAGAUGAAGCACUGAAUGUCUGCUGAAAAAGAAGCAUCUUCAGUGGCUUUCACAAUGCUAGCAGUGACGGGGUCAGGCAUACCUCUCGAGGUAGUAUGUUCUACAACAUUAGAGCCACUCCAUUCCACCACAUUCCUCUUCAGAAGGGCUUACCUCUUGAGAGGAUGGGACCCUUAGCAGAUCAUCUCAUAGGAGAGUCAGAGUCAUUCUGAAUAUAGUGAUCCCUUUGAGUUUGGGACUACACCAUGUGGGGCUUUUUAGGUAAUAACUAGCACUUGCAGUUGAGCCCAGAAGCUGACUGGCAACAAAUGUGGACCACAGAGUAGGUGUUAUACUGCAUAAUAUCAACAAUCUGGCUGCUGUUUUCUGGACUAGUUAUAGCUUAUGAGCCACUUUCAUAAGCAGUCCUGCUGUAUGUAGAAUGCAUUGCAGUAGUAAGACUCAUGGUGUUAAGGGGGUGAGUUAAGCAGGGGCUUAACUGGCAUACCAGCUAAAGCUGGGCAAAGGUUUCCCUGGCUACAGCCUCUACUGUUGUUCAAGCAGGAGGUGCGAGUCUGGAAGAAGGCCCUGGUCACAGACUUGUUCUUUGAUGGGGGCCUGACAGUUGGAGCCCACGUCUCUGGAAAGUUAUGAUGUUUACAUACAGAUAGCAGCUCUAUCUUGCCAGGGUUUAGGUUAAGUUUGUUUCUCCCUGUCCUGUCCUCGAGGCAUUGGAUCAAGAUUCCCAUAGCAUUUCCAGUCUGGCCUGGGUUGGCAAUACAUGACUGAAUAUCAUGAGCAUACUGAUGAUAUCUCACUCCACCUCAGCGGACAAUCACACCCAAUAAUUUUAUAUACUUGGUGAAUAACAUGGGAGAGAAUAUCAAACCAUGUUGCACUCAACUUUGGAGCAAUUACAAGCUCAAUUGCUGUUUCCUGCCUGCCAACUGGGACUACCCGCUCAGCAGCACAGCCGCAGCAAAAUGGUGCCUCACCCUGAAUGCAUGCAAGCAGUCCGGAGGAACACCCAAGAGUUCCAGGAUACAUAGGAAUGAGAAGACUGGGAAUU